AUGGAGCCAACGCGGGUCGGACAGCGCAUGCUGGUGGAGGUCGGCGGCGCCGUCAUUCAAGUCGACGUGACGCUUCUGAGCCAGACACCUCAUGGCUUGCAGAUGGCUGCUUCGGCGGACGUUCCCAUGACGGGAAACCGGCUCUUCAACCGGCUCCCUCCCGAGAUCAGAGCCAAGAUCUGGUACUACGUGUUCCAUGUGGAUGAAGGCAUCGUUCCGAUUAUCCUGGACUCGGAGUUGCGGGACGACCUCUCGCCGAGCCGAAACGCGCGGAUCCCUUACCACGAUGACGAGUAUCUUCAGAACACGUUCAUCCUGAACCUGAACCAUACGGAUGCCAACGCCACUGCAAGACGCAACUUGAGCCUGGCGACCCAGCUCGUCAAGACCUGCCGCCUGUUCUGGAACGAUCUGAAAUUCUUCAAGACAAUGUACCGCCACAACACUUUCGUGUUUUCCAGCAGAUACAUGGCGCUUCAUUACAUCGCAGCCAUAACCCCUGACCGUCGCCAGGCCCUCAGGACCAUUCGCCUUUGCAACUUUUACUACUCGAGACGCAACCUGGAGCAGCAUCUCGAGCUUUUGGCUGUCCUUGGCCAGUGCCACAGGCUCCAAGUCGUCCAUAUCAGGCACUUUUGGGUGGAUGCAGACGACCACGCCGAGGCUGAAGAGCUCGUGGCCGAGGUUGCGGCUAGUCUCGUCUACACCGUGCGUGACCUGCGAGUCCUCACAAUGAGGGGACACGCGGAGUUCUUCUUCGACCCGAGCGACGACUUCGAAGAGGGCGUGACCUUCGACCUCUACUACAAAAUCAAGGAGGACGGAUACAACUUUUCGUGGACUGAGGAGGGUAGCGACGUUCAGGAACUGCCGUCACGCCGCGGGGAGCGUCAUUUGGAGGUGGCGUGGGAAACCUUUAAAAAGAGACGCGACCUGCAUCACGAGGUCGACGAGGAGUUCCUACAGUCUGCUAACCGAAAGACGGGUCUCAUUUAUCUUGGCGAGGAGCGCCACGACAGAUUGGUGCGGAUCGAAUUGCAUCCUCACAUUUACGGCCGCCAGUGA